UUGGUGCUAGAGAACAGGACGGAGGGUAGGUAGCGCUAGGGUCUAGUCGAAAGGUUAUUUGUUUGUUUAUUUACACAUUUUCAUUUAUUUGUUUGUUCCACACAGAAGACCCGUCCCAGCUGCGUCUUUGUUUAGUCACCUAAAUACAAAAAAUAGCCAUGUCGGUGAAUAUGGACGAGCUCCGGCACCAAGUGAUGAUAAACCAGUUCGUUUUGACUGCUGGCUGUGCGGCGGACCAAGCGAAACAGCUACUGCAAGCGGCGCACUGGCAGUUCGAGACGGCAUUAAGCACUUUCUUCCAGGAAGCCAAUGUUCCCAGUCACCACCAUCAAAUGAUGUGUACCCCACGCAACACCCCGGCCACCCCUCCCAACUUCCCGGAUGCCAUCACCAUGUUCUCCAAGCUGCGUGCAUCAGAGAGCAUGCACAGCAACAACAGCCCAGUCCCAGGCUCUAUGGCCUGCUCCCCACCGGGAAACUUUAGCCCCUUCUGGGCCUCCUCGUCCCCCAGCCACCAGCCGGCCUGGCUGCCCCCCUCCUCCCCCACCGGCCACCACCUCCACCUGCAACACCACCUCCACCAGCCCAUGUGGCCCCCAGUCUCCCAGCCUGGCAGUGCACAGCAGAAAAGUGUGACUGCCAUCCACGGCCAGAGAUGAGACUCACAAACUCCAAGAGCAGACUGGCCUGCUGUGGGGACGGAGGGAUGGGCAGAGGGUGCAAUAACCUCCUUUUUUUUUUUUUUUUUAAUAAUAAUUUGUGUGUGUGUGUGUGUGUGUGCAUAUUCAUGUGCAGUAUAAUGAUCAUCACUAAAACGGGAGAGAACCACUAAUCACAAUUGGAUACAAAUGUUAUUUCUGAGAACUACUCUAUCACGUGGACUUAAAAGCACUGGAAAAUGUGUUGGUGUAGCAGCAAGAGUGACACCCCCUUCUGGGCUGGCAUAGACACAGAUUUUUUUUUAGUUUUUUGUUUUUGUUCCCCGCUCCAACAUGAUAUCAACAAGAUACUCUUCAUUCAAAUUGAAAAGUGUAUUCACUGUUCAGGAUCACAUUAAUUACUUAGAUCAUGGAUGGUACUGCUUACUAGGUGGGAGGAAAAGUCAGCACUUUUUACCAAAUCGUCUUUGCACAACUAUUCUUAACACCAGCCUCAAGAACAAGAUUUUUAACUCUACAAACAGGACAGAUGUUAUUCACAUGAUAAUGCACUGCUUAUUUCUACAGCAAACACUGAGCAUUUCUCGGUUCUUUCGAGAUUCUUUUUUUUUUUUUUUUUAAUUGAUGCCAGUAAAAUCUCAGUUCUUCAGUUUCUUUCUUUCUUUUGUCAAACUGGUGUCUGACUCAGCUCUACACCACCAGAUAUGUUGGCUACAUCUCCAGCUGAGCUGUGCAUCGUCCUAAUAACGAAAGAUAUAUCCAGGUAACCAUCAACAACUCUUGCCACUUCCACACCAUGUGACAGCAGGGUGAAUGGAAGGUGACAAUUUUGCCUAAACCUCAGAAUACAACAAUCUUAUCCAGCGUCCUAACUUGCAGAAAACGGCACGGUUUAUUUACACCCCAAUACUGCGUUGCCUUACUGCAGGGUUCCUAAGCUCCUAUGAGCCCCCCUGUCCAUGCAGUGGGGAGGGCAAAGCUACACCGCACACCUUUCCUGAUGCUAGGUAUUCACCGUGGUUAGAAACACACCACAGCAGGCUGUGUUCUUCAGGGACUACAUUCUCACCUUCUCUUUUAUAUUGAAUCUGUAAUACACACGACUAUAUAAGAAGUUACAGAUUUUGAUUACUGGUUGCUUAGUUGGAUAAUUACCAGCUACCAACUGUUGGGCUUUAGCUGUAAUAUAUACACAUUUUGAUAUUCCUGACAAAAGCUUAUACAUUUUUCACUCUCAGUACAUCAAAGACUGCCCAUGGAUGGUCAUAUACCAAGAUUGUCUGCAAGCUAUCGUUUUAUAACCAUGACAGCUGAAUGAAAACACAGGGUUAGCGCAUCUCUCAGUAAUGUUUUACAGAGAACACUACAACAGCGUAACCUCUUGUCUGCUGCUCCGCUCUGCCUUCAGUACAAUUACAUUUAGAAAGACUGCAAAAUAAUGGCAGCAUGUGUAUGAACAUCCAUCAUAAUUUCAUAGGAACAAAUCCCAGCGACUUUCCUAAUGUUGUUAAUGAAUGCACGUGGGUUUGGAGGAACAAAUGAAUUGGAGGGAUUGGAAAGUAAAGUAUUGGGUUAUCCAUUGCAGUUUAUGUGGCUUUGCAGCCCUUUCUCUGAACUGUUGUAGUAAUAAUGCAGAACUGGGAUCUUGCAACUCGCCUGCAUGGUCAAAGAGCUAGCUAGAGGCUCAGUUCAUUCACUCACACUCCCUUUUAAACUGAAAGAGUUGUAGACAUAUGUGGAGCACCUUUAAACUAUAAGGAGCAAGGUUGAACAGACAGUCUAACAAACUCCUUCAGCAGAACUGCUUGAAUUCCAUUCUGUUUGUCAGAGUGGUUGAGGCUUGAAACGGCUGCAGAUGAUGGAUUGACUUUGGGCACAGCCUCCCCACUGGACUUCCCAACGCUACACUGCGCCAAGAUGGGAUUCUGAGGAUUUCAGGAUUUCCUCCUUUGAAUUUGCAUGCUUUAGCAGCCCCUGGCUAUUUAAAGUUCAGCGAUUUAUGGAGCACACCAUGCAAUUUGGGAUUAUUGAACUCGGCCCAUUAAAUACAGACAUCAUAGGAACCUUUUACUUUUGUACGCGUCUGUUCAGUAAACAUAAUUACUGUGUCAUAGAAACGAUGAAUUUUGGCAGUAUUUUU